AUGAAGCUUGUUAAAUCACUAAUCAGAUCAAUCAUUGCAUCACCAAAACAACUUCAUUAUGAUUCAAAUCUACACUUGUACUUGGACUUAGCAUACAUUACACCACAGUUGAUUGUGUGCUCAGCGCCAACAACAACAUACCUCGAAUCAUGGUAUCGAUACCCAUUGACUGAUUUAAUCACGUAUUUGGAACUGAAUCAUGGUUCUCAUUGGCAUUUAUUCAAUUUCCGUGGUGAAGAUCCGGGGUACAAUGAUAAAGAUGUGGGAUUCAGAGUAAGUCAUUAUCCAUUUCCUGAUCACUAUCCACCACCAAUGCAGUAUAUAAUUGAUGCAACUGAUGAAAUUGGUCGAUUUUUGCGUGAGAAUGAUGAUAAUGUGGUCGUUUUGCACUGCAAGGCAGGUAAGGGGAGGCUGGGCACUAUAUGUUGUGCGUAUUUGAUGUUGUCUAAUUGGAAACAGGGGGGUGGAAUCGAUGUGGGAAAUGUGAUUCAAACUUAUACUGAGAGGCGCAUGCGCAAAUUUGGCGGUGAUGGAGUUAGCAUCUUGAGUCAAAAGCGAUAUUUACGAUACUGGAGUGAAUAUUUACAGUCUGAUGAUUUGAGGGGCCUGUAUUCUAAGUGGAGCAAAGUCAAGAAUCAAAUCCUGAUUGCCAAGGUUACAUUUCGCAAUUGCAACAAGGAUACACUUCCAUUUGGGAUAUCUCUGUAUAAAACAGUCCAAGAGGGAUACCGAAUCAACACCAUUGUCGAACCCCUUCUCCAACAGGUCUCUUGUGAUGUGGCUCACAUUUCUAGAGAUGGAAAUGACUUGAUCUACAACCUCCUACAACCAGUCAAAGUAGGCGAAGAUGUCAUGAUUAGUAUAGGAAGUUUUAGCUAUCUAUGGUUCAAUGUCUUUUUUGAGCUUACAAAUGCUGCCGCACCGUCAUGUUCAUUUCCAUGGACGGGCAUUGAUGGAUUCAAAGGUACUAAACAACAAGGCUUAAGAUUAUUUGAUAGAGUAGAGAUUCAUUUUGGUUCGAGUAUAGAUUGA